AUGACAAAAAAUGAAGCACUUGAUCAUGGGAAAGGAAGCUUAGCUGCAAUAAACUUGAUAAUUUAUAGCGGUUUACAGUUUGGAGGUCCAGGAGGCGAUCACGCUGGGGGCGGUGGUGGGGUCUCAGCAACAGAUAAUGACGGUGCUGGGGGAGGAGGUGGAGGAGGUCAUUUCUCUGGUGGAGCUGGGGGAGGAAGUGGAAAUGGGUGUGGAGGGCCUGGAGGAAAAGGUGGAUUUGCUGUGCAAAAGAUUGGUAGGUUUGCAGGAGGGGGUGCUGAUGAAGAAUGCCUUCUAGGUCAUGACGGUAGAAAUAACACUCACAUUCAUGGUGGUCGUGAUGGGACAAGCCAACGUGGUGGCAGAGGAGGAGAUACCAAAAGAGGAUCUAGCUAUGGAGCAGCGGGCGGAGGGGRUGGCCUUCAAUAUGGCAGUCUUGAUUUCGAAAACAAGUUAGGUUAUGGCGGAGGAGGAGGUGGGGGAGGUGGAAGCGCCUUUGRAAAUGGCAACACUGGUGGUUUAGGAGGAAAUGGAGGUGGAAUUGUACUCCUGUUUCUCAAAAGGCUGACRUUAAAUGGCAAGAUAGAGGCAAAUGGUGAAAAAGGGCGGUGUCCAUAUGAAAUGACAACAGUUAAGUCGGGGUCAGGAGGAAGUGGUGCUGGUGGAAGUGUCGUAAUAUACACUGAURAGCUGUAUGGAGAUCCAAGUACGAAAAUACAAGUCAAUGGGGGUCAACCAAACAACGAUUGCGUAUUUGGUAGUGGGGGAGGGGGAGGUGGAGGAGUUGGAAGGUGGGUCAUCAAGACUAAAGACUCUCUUCUCAAGUCKGGUGGUUAACGCUCAUGUUUUCUGUACACUGCACCCUGUCGGCUAUGCCAUUAGUUCCGAGAAAAGAUAUGCAAUAUAUAUGKCUUCAAUCUUUAUACACGACAAAAAACUUUUAAAAGAAUUGGGAGAAACUGCGUACGAUUUCAUAUCUCGCUGACAAAACUAAUAUAUCUGUACCGAAAUUUAGCUCCUCUGUGUGCCGUAAGGUAAAAAUKGCUUCCUAUGGGUGAAAAUCCUUUUACGGAAAUCCUCCAAUCACAACAGGUAGCUAAAUCCUUUCCCACUCAUACAAAAAAAUCGCUCUACUACAACCUCCGAGUACUUACCAUUGAUGCAUGAUAACGAGGCAUGUCAGUGGAAAUGCCCGUAAAAAACGCACCUUAUUGGAAAACGUCCACUUUCAACAAUUUUGAGUGAGUUGGCCUGAAUGCCAGUCUAGAUCCUUUACCAGAAAGCAGAAAAACGUUUCAAAUCAAAAAAGGGAGGAAUGUCCAAAAUUCUAACAAAACAUUCUUCAAAUAAAAGCUUUGAUUAUUACCUUGAUAAUGGAGUCAAGAUGACUCCGAAACGUCGGAUUUUUGCGUUAAUUUUCAUUUCAAAAACAUUCUUCAAACUUUUUAUUUUUUAUCAUUGAUUAAUAAAUCUAGUACUUUAACAUAG